GCUGAGCGGCGGGCGGCCGGGGCUCCGCGGCCCCCCGGGGAGCGGGGAGCAGCCGCCCGCCCGCCCGGCGCCGCACCCGGCACACGGAUUUACGGCGCGGACUGCAGCCUCUGGAGCGGGCCCCCGCAGGAUGCACUUGAGAUGCCAGUACUGCCUGGGAGGAGGCAGCGUGUAACUGCUGCCCAGAAGUGACCUCCAUUCCCCAGGGUAUGAGCAUCCCCCCCAGGACUGCCCAGGGUGGGGAGGCAGCUGAAAUCCCAGCCUGCAGGUCAGUGAGGCUGAGCAAGACACCCGCCAGCACCGCUUAUCAGCAAGGGAUGGAGGGAUGCGUGUACAGCUGGGAGCAGCAGGAGCACGGCACGGCCCCGCGAGGAUAGGUGUGAAGGUGGCUCCCUGUGAGGACACAGCAGGACCCCCCCAGACCCCGGAGGAGCGUGGGGUCUCACUGGGAAGAGGAGAGGUCCCUUACCCUCCCAGCCGGCCAGCUCUGCCUGCUGCUCAGGUGCCUACUGUGUUUCCAGAGAUCUGUACCGGGAUUUGGGGCUCGGAGCCCGCAGGUGCAUUAGUGCCGUAGGAUUGCUGGAGACCCUGACGAUGGAGGACCUGCCACGGAGGAGGGACAUCCCUCGAGGAGGCCCAGUGCCUCUGUGAGCCCUGGCUGCUGGUGGCAGAGGCUGCCUGGGGCUGGGGGCAGAGCCGUGGUGCUUUCAGGGCACAUCCAGCGAAGGGCAGAGAGCUGGGGACAGAGGCUGCCCAGAGCCCCGGGAGAGCAGGGCUGCCAGCUGAGCCGCUGCUUCUCCAGGGACCUCCUCCUGGGGCUGGGGGGCAGAGCAGCCCUUGGACCCCAGGCUCGCUGCAGAUGUGCCCCCGUGCCCCGCCGGCAGGACUGCUCCCCUAGUGCCGGCACGGACGGGGGGGGGGGGGGGGCCGCUCGUCUCACGAUGGUGCUGCCGCCGCCCGACAAGCGCCACGUCUGCCUGACCACCAUCGUCAUCAUGACCAGCAUGGCCUUCAUGGACGCCUACCUGGUUGAGCAGAACCAGGGGCCCCGCAAGAUCGGCGUCUGCAUCAUCGUGCUGGUGGGGGACAUCUGCUUCCUCAUCGUGCUGCGCUACGUGGCGGUGUGGGUGGGGGCGGAGGUGAAGACAGCCAAGAGGGGCUAUGCCAUGAUCCUGUGGUUCCUCUACAUCUUCGUGCUGGAGAUCAAGCUGUACUUCAUCUUUCAGAAUUACAAAGCAGACAAGAAGAACCUGGAGACGGUGGCCAGGAAAGCCCUGACCCUGCUCCUCUCCAUCUGCGUGCCGGGGCUCUACCUGGUGCUGGUGGCCUUGGACAGCAUGGAGUACAUACGGACCUUUCGGAAGAAAGAGGACUUGCGGGGACGCCUCUUCUGGGUGGCCCUUGACCUGCUGGAUAUCUUGGACAUCCAGGCCAACCUGUGGGAGCCGCACAGGACCGGCCUGCCCAUCUGGGCAGAGGGGCUCAUGUUCUUCUACUGCUACAUACUCCUCCUGAUCCUGCCUUGUGUGUCCCUCAGUGAGAUCAGCAUGCAAGGGGAGCACAUUGCCCCGCAAAAAAUGAUGCUCUACCCCGUCCUCAGCCUGGUCACUAUUAACAUCGUCACCAUCUUCAUCCGGGCCAUCAACAUGGUCUUGUUCCAGGACAGCAGGGUCUCCACCAUCUUUAUUGGCAAGAACAUCAUCGCGAUCGCCACCAAGGCGUGCACCUUCCUCGAGUACAAGCGGCAGGUGAAGGAGUUCCCCCAGAACGCCAUUGCCCUGGAGCUCCAGCAGAACUCCCUCUCCCACAACCAGACCAUCCACAGCGCACAGGGCAUCCCCCACGAGCCGUCGCCCACCAGCGAGAUCCUCGACACAUGAGGGAUCACCCCCAGCCGAGCGUUGGUUCAGAUAGCCCCGUGCCAGGCGGAGGAGGGAUGCUGCUCUCUUGCUGCGCGGGGUGAGCGCGACGAACAAAUCCCAGCAGCGAGGGCUCUUCUAGGCACAGAACACCAACCAUGUUUUAAUUGAGCUAUGGAGUGUCCCCUAGAUGUCUUCAUCUCAGGUAUAACCCUAGGAGUCCUCCAGACAAACCAAAUGAACUUGCAAAGGACCUGAACCAGCUAACCCCCUCUCUCCCUCCUGCCACCUUCUCCCCCCCUCCCCGAGCAAAGACCACUAAGGUUUCAAUGUCCCUUUUUACUCCUUGACCACCUCACCUUUACUCCAAGCCUGGAACGAAGAUUUUGUUACCGGAGACCUUUUUAUGGAGUGGGGACAGGGGCAUAGGUGUAUGGGUUGGGGGGGGAGGGUGGGACGUUUGAACCAGUAAACCCUGUGAUCGUAGAUGUCUCUUAUCUCCAAUGGUUGUGUUUACAGUUUCCUAUUUAUAACAGCUCCCGGGCUGCCCCGGGGGCCGGUGUCCUUGCGGUUGGCAGUGGACGAGAGCAGCAAGCCCUGCAGCAAGCCCUGCGGGGGCCGGCAUGGCUCCCCAGCCCCGGGACGAGGGGGACUGCGCCUGCACCAGCGCGCUACGCCGACUCUGCUGGGAGCAAUGUCUGACGAGCUAAAGCUGAUCUAAUGCUGGUGUUUUAUGUAUUUCAUUCACUCCAAACAACUCAGCACAAUAUUUCUAUUUUUAGAAGGGUCUCUCUGUCUCUUCCCCUGCCGUUGCAAGCCUCCCCGCCUGCAGCAGCUCGUGCAGCUUCCCUGGCCCCACCAGCGCUGCUGCAGGCAGGCUCAGGCACCCAGGAGGGCUUAAUAAUAAGGAUGGUGACGAUGCAUUUCACUCCGGCAUCGAGCGUUUAUAAAGAGGGCUGCUUUCCACAGCUACUAUAUUUUUAAAAUAAAAUAUUAAAAAAACAAACAAAAAAAAAAAAAAACAACCAACCAAACAACCCAAACAAAAACAAACCACCACCCAAAAAAGAACCGGGAAGGAUGUGCUGCCCCGGGCAGGCGGCUGGGCUCGGGGGUGGGCACGGGUCUCCUCCCUGGCAUCUGUGGUGGCGAGGGGCUCGGCUGGCCGUGGGCAGCGGGGCGGGAGGCGAGGGCCAGCCGGACAAUAAAAGCCCCGUGAGAGCAA